AUGGGUUUGUUGUAUCAAUUUCUUGGGACGCUAGUCAUCAGCACAAUGGGCAUAAACAUGGGCGUGAUCUUCGCCUGGCCAGCGUUCACCAUAACACUCUUUCAAACUCCAAACACAACACUGGAUAGACCGAUGACAGACACGGAGAUAUCAUUGUUUGGCAGUCUGUCUUCCAUUGGAGCUCUCAUCUCUACACCUUCUGCUGGAUAUAUGCUGGAGCUACUUGGCAGAAGAAACUGUUCUGUCAUGAAUUCUUUAGGAUUAGUUCUCGUCUGGGUGCUACUAGUCAGCACAAGAAACGUAGUAGCAGUCUUAGUAUCAGUAUUCCUCUCAGGGAUCGCCAGUUCAGUCUUCCUCGUCGGCUCGGUCUACAUCAGUGAGAUCUGCCAGGAGUCCAUUAGAGGAGGCAUGACUGCUUGCAACAUGAUCUCCUAUGGGUUAGGAAUGCUGCUCUCCUAUUUGCUAGGAGGGUUCCUCUCCUAUGACGUCAUGUUGUACGUUGGAAUGUCUAUGUCCAUCGCUGGUACUUGCUGCUUGUUCAUUCUGAAGGAGACUCCUAUGCAUCUGUUGAAUAAGGGGAAGGAAAAGGAAGCUGCACAAUCUUUAGCGUUUUACAGAAUGUGGAAGCUGAACUCAAAGGAGCUUCAAGAUGAAAUUAGCAACAUGAAGCGUGCUCUCAACCCCGAUCUUGGAGAUGAGACUCCUGAAGAAGAAAAACUACAGGGAGAUAUUAAACCUGCUGCUCCUGAAAAAUUGUCAUUGUGGAAAUUCAUUAAAAAAUCAAAAUCCACACAACGUGCUUUCCUGGUGAACAUGGUGGUUAUGACUGCAGCCAUCUUCCAAGGUCUGGUGGUAGUCCAGAUAUACGCGGAGCCCAUAUUCACUGAGGCGGUCCCAACGGCUUCCCCAACUCUUUGCAGUGUGAUGUUAGCAGUGACGACUGUGUUGGCUGGAAUGAUUGCAGCCUACGCUACUGAUUCGCUUGGAAGACGGCCCCUCAUGAUUUACGCCUCCUUAGGCAGUGGUAUAAGCUGCGUAGUCCUAGGAACUUUGAUGCAGUUCCACUGGGGACCAAACUGGUUGACGGCUACUUUCAUAUACACCUUCGCUGUGAUGUACACUUGUGGAGCCGGUACCGUGCCAUUUGUUCUCAUGGCUGAAACAUUCUUACCCGAGGUAAAGAGUUUCUUCUCGAUGGUGCUGGUGGAGUACGUGUGGCUCUGCAACUUCGUGAUCCUCUUCAUCUUCAACCCUCUCCUCAAGACCCUUGGCUGGGGUCCCGUCUUCUACGUAUUUGCCGUCAUCUGCUUCUUAAGUUCUUCAUUCUGUGUCUUCUUCCUACCAGAAACCAAAGGUCUGACUGUAGAAGAAAUCCAGUCAAGGUUUACGUCCAAAAGAAAAGCGCCACAGUUGUACUAG